AUGCCUCCUUCCCAGCCACCAACCACCGGCAACAACCGUCACACUAUUUCCCCUCCCACUUCCACUCGCCAGCGACCCUCUCGUCGCCACUCUCCCGCCAGCUCUCCAUGUGACGGAAAGGUGCCGCAGUCCAAGUUAGACAUGGGCAGCAUCAAGUACGACGCAUACCUUUCACCCCUUUUCGUGGCGCUCCAAGCGGUUGCGGACGUGAUCGUGCAGGUCACCGCCCGCAAGUUCAUCGCCUUCAGCAACAAGCGCGGCCGCCGCCCCAACAAUCCCGAGUACCUCGCCCUCCGCCGCGAGAUCCUCGAGGAGAACAAGGAACUCUUUGCCUUGCGCGACCGCAAGCGCCAAGAGUUCUACGACCUCCUCCAUCGGCUUGCAACCCUCCGCCAAGAGGGAGCCAGGCGCCGUGCCGCCAAGCUCGCCGCCGCCAACCCUGCCGCCGCCGCUGCUGCCGCCUUGUCCGCUGCGCGUUUCGCCACAUACCUGCGAGCGCUCAAGGCUCUCGGCCUCCCGUACAGUGCCGAGCGACGAGGCAUCACCCCGCGCAUGUGGGUCGACCCGCUCGUCAACGUCGACGCGCGAGACGGCGACGGCCGCGAGCUCGACAUCGAGGGCUGGCGCGAGUGGUUCCUCUCGCGGCGAGAAGGCACCGAGCUCGUCAUCUCGGCCGCUCAGCCGGUGGCCAACCACCUCACGCGCUUGCUCGACGCCGAGCAGCUGCGCGAGUACAUGGAUGGUCGCUUUGGCGAGUACAACGCCGCCCGCCGUGGUAUCUCGAUGGCCACCUUCUCGCCCGCCCUGAGCGCUGUCGAGCUGCUCCAGCGGAUGGGAUCGGAGGACCAGUACAUGGCUGAGGAGUAUCGCCUCGCCCACUGCCCAAGGUGUGACCGCCGUACCGUCGUGGUUGGCGAGGCGUGGAGCCAUGUCUGCCCUGUUGACGCUGGGGCAAACGACGAGGGUGUCCUCGACUGCAUUCGGGACCAGAACGCGCUCCGAGGCGAAUCGGCAACUCGCCCAUUCCGCUUCGCGUUCGAGGCUUUGGACUCCGGCAACGGCGAAUGGUUCAAGGACAAAACCGCGCCGUUCGGCCUCGAGCAGGUCAUCUGGCCCAAGCUUCGGAUGGGAGGCGAGUGGGAGUACCUCGGCUUCUUCAAGAUCAUCGGCGACACCAACCUCAACAUGCCGAUCCUUGUCGAGGCCGAGUCAACUCCCCUCUUCAUCGCCUUCAACGCCAUCGGCAGGCUGUUCUCCGCCACACUGUGCUCCCUGCCCGACCUUGACGUCGUGCCUCUCAGGCGACCGAUGACCACUCUACCCUCUGUCAUCGCCGCCCUGAUCGAUGCGGACAAUGGGUCCGGACAGGGCCUCAUCGAGCACAAGUGCAACAAGGAGGACUGCCACUGGCGGGCGCUGUACAAGCCGCCCACCUACCAACACUUCUGUGUUGGUGCCGACGGCGCGCCCCUCAAGCUCGCCAGCAACAACCAGCGCAAGAUCAAGCACGUCGCAACUUGCCGGCAGAUCGAUUCGUUCGUCGAUCUGCCCAGGCUGUACAAGUCUUUCCUCUGGGCCGACUUCCACUAUGCGGGCAUCCGCUCGGGCAUGACCCUCGACCUGUUCGCGUACGGCAGCCCCUCGCCUGUGCCCUCAACAUCACUUCGGACCCCCUUCUCUGCGUCUCCUUCGAUCUCCUCGACCCGUUCCCCGCCCUCGACCUUCACCUCCUCCUUUACUUACAAGAGGUGGAAGCCCCGACCCGUGCGUCCACCCCGAAUGGAGGUCCUGUCGGAUCCGGAAUUCUCGGGCUGCGAGCCUAUCGAGAUCAACGAGGCGUGUCGCCUCGUCGACCAGCACUAUUCCCUCCAUGUCCCCACUAUUGCCAAGGUGGCCGAGGACGUGCGCUUAUCCAACAAGCUAUGGCGAGGCCGACAGAAAGUCGAACGCCAGCAACCACGCGAUCGCACAGCGCGCCGAGAGGAAGAACCAGAAGUCUCCGCUAGUCGGAGCGCAGGGGAGAAACACAAGCGCGAGGGCCAGCGCGAGCCACCACGAUGA